CGACUUUCUGCUUUUAACUGUAAAUCGUCAAUAAUUCGUCUCGAGUUUGCUUAGAAUGGUACACUUUGAUUUGAAUAAAAUAAAUAUUCUGUUGUAAAAUUACGUUUAUUGUACUCGUUUGAUUAUUUCGAGCCUAUCUUUUCCUAAUCAUCAUAAUUUAGAAUGUCACACAGCAUACUCUUUGUUCAACCGGGGAAACCUGAAACUCGCACAUAUUCAGAUUUUGAAUCUGUGAAUGAAUGCAUGGAAGAUUUCAGAAGUCCACUAUGACCUAUGCUCCCUACAAUAAGGACUGGAUCAAAGAAAAAAUAUAUAUCCUUCUAAGACGACAAGCUACGAAAACACAGUAAUCUUACGUAAAUAAUUUUUCAUCCUGUUUUUAUAUGCUUAUGUGGUACAUUGUCAAAAUUAUUUAUGCUUUAUUUCUUGGUAUAAUUGGAAUACCAUUUAAUUAUUGUUCAUUUCCAAAUUUGAUUUUUUUUUAAAAAUAUAUAAUUAGAUUUAAUAAUAAUCUCAGUUCUUAAAGUUGUUUUUAUUAAAAAAUAUCUGAAAAAAUUCAUUGCUGCUUAUUAUAUAGUUUUUAUUAAAUUGUUUUAAUGGUUCUUUUUUUUUUCUUUCAUUAAUUUGCAUUAAAAUAAACUGUUCAGUUAUCAGUUCAUCAAAUUAAUCAUCAUUUAGUUGAGUAUUAACAAGCACUGGCUGUGUAUGUGUCAUUGUAGUAUUGUAUAUCUUGUUUCUUUUUGUGGCAUCUUGUUUUCGUUCAUGCAAAACAUGAAAUUGUACAAAAUUGUAUUAAACCUUUCUUUGUAAAAUGUUAAUAAAAAUUACUUUCUUACCCGUU